AUGUUCUUGUUCUCACGCGUCUUGGCGACGACGCGGAUGUUCUCGACGUCCGCGGUGGCACAGUUCCCGAAGCUCAAGUCACACUCUGGCGCGAAGAAGCGGUGGAGGUCGAUAGCGUCGGGCAUCUUCAAGCGGGGGAAGGCUGGCCAUAAGCAUUUGAAUGUGAACAAGGAUGCUGGACGGAAAAACGAUUUGAGCCAGACAGCGUACUCUCACGGGUCACAAACAACACGGCUGAAGAAGCUCCUCCCAUACGGUUCGCCCUGA